AUGUCGGUGGUCAAACCAGGCCUCGAGCCUGCCGCAGGCUUGUCUCUCGAGUCAAGGCCAAAUCGUCCUGAUCGCGUGCCUUUGAAAAAAGGGGAAUAUUCAAUAGCCUCGCGCGCUCUGGCAUUGUCUACGUACUUCUUGUCCGGAGCCCUAGCCAUCAAUCUCUCCCAGUUCCUCGGGACUCCUCUGUAUCUCGUCAACCAGGACUGGUAUAACGCAUGGAUUGCCUUCACCAAGCAGUCCUUUGGGCUGCUCACAAUGACAUUGACUCAAACCUUUGCACCCACCAAGGUCAUCAUCUCCGGCGACGCGUCGGUUCGCGGUCAACUUCUGCAGUCAACGGACGGCAAUCUAGUCCUCGACUUUCCUGAAAGGCUAGUCCUCAUUGCAAACCAUCAGAUCUACACGGAUUGGCUGUACCUGUGGUGGAUAGCAUAUUGUAAUGGUAUGCAUGGGCGGCUAUACAUCAUCCUCAAGGAGUCGCUCAAGAAGAUCCCCGUGCUAGGAUGGGGGAUGCAGUUCAAUCAGUUCAUCUUCCUCAAGAGAAAGUGGGAGCAAGACAAACCCAGUAUGGCCAGCGCUUUGCAACGACUCAACAAUCCCACAGAUCCCAUGUGGUUGCUAUUAUUCCCGGAGGGUACUAAUCUGGCCCCGAGUACUCGUGCAAAGAGUGCUGCGUGGGCGCAGAAAACCAGCAUUCCCGACAUGCAACACGUACUUCUACCACGCAGCACCGGGUUGCGCUUCUGCCUCGAAGAACUCAAAGGAACCGUCGACUACGUGUAUGACUGCACCAUAGCCUACGAAGGUGUGCCACGAGGCCAGUUUGCACAAGACAUCUUCACGCUGAAGGCAGGUUACCUCGAAGGUCGACCUCCCAAGUCCGUAAGCAUGCAUUGGCGUCGCUUCGCAGUCAAAGAUAUUCCUUUGCAUGAUGACAAGGCCUUUGAACUCUGGCUCAUCGCCCGUUGGCGGGAGAAGGAUUUGCUGAUAGAACAAUACCUCCAGACAGGCAGGUUUCCUGCGGACAAGGGUGCUACAAAAUACAAGUCUGGCAAAGUUUUGCGAGGCUGUGGACACAUGGAAGUUCCCAUCAGAGCAAGCCACUGGUAUGAGUUUCUCCAGAUCUUCGCCCCCAUGGGCAUUCUAGCCAUGGUCCUCUACAUUUUUUACGGCGACCUGCCCAAGCGCUUUUGGAAAAGCAUCAACAAACAAGCUCUCCAAUCUGGAACGGAGGACAUCAAGCAAGCCGGGCUCAAGGCCGGCAAGAACGCGAAAUCUAUGACCACAUCGCUCGGAGGCCUGACGCUUGAUUCUUUCUUCGAGCCGGAUCAGCAGCAAGAAGCGUUCAAGUCUGGAGCUCUAGCCGUCCAGAGCCUCCUCAACUCCCCUUCAGCACAGACUCUGCUCAGCCGGGCCGACUUCAUGCAGCAAUUCCUGUCGGACCCACAGAAGAUGGUGACAGACAGUAUCACAAGUAAACAACAAAAUUUCAUGCAGCAGAUUGCCAUGGAGGAGGCAAGGAGACAACAGAACCGCGUAUCAGCACCAACAACUGGUCCGUUAAAACCAAUCGCGAAUGGGACGGCAGGUAAGAAGAAUAAAUUCUGGGAGGAAUUAGAAGCCGAGAAGAAGAGUCGACAUGGCUCAGUCGUGUCGGCUCCGAUCUCGUCAACCACUAAGAAAUCCGGGGGGACAUUUUGGCAAGAACUCAAAGCAGCCGAAGAGAAGAAGAAAGCUCCAGCAGUGACAGAACGGGCGAUGAAGAGGUUGGGUGGCCAGAAAGGCGGGUUCUGGGACAGCUUGCAAGCUGAAGAGAAGAGUCGACACGGCACGGUGGUAACUCUGUCGAGUAAUGCCUCGACGGCGGUGGCAUCCGAGAAGUCCGCGUCGACGGCCAGUAAAGGGUCUGCGCCGAAGCUGGGGACAUCCAAGGCGCCUUCCACGGCUGGCACAGGAAAAGGCGUCAACAAAACCCCUCUUACGAAGCCGGUAGCCAAGGUCUCGAAUCAACAGCCACGGCCCGUGGUGAGCUCAGCCGCGACAUCUACCAAACCAGCAGCGAAAAGCGGCCUCACGCCGGUGCCCAAAGCGAAACCGGCAUUGUCAACGUCGACUGCUUCUACCAACAAGACUGCUGCGCUCAAACCGAAACCGAAACCGAAAUUGAAAUCGACCACGGCACCUCAAGUACCUUCGACGAUCAAAGCCUCGCCUGCGAAGACGUCGACUCCAAAGGCCCUUCCGGCCGCACAGAACAAACUCAACACCAGCACCAAGAAACCAGAGACUCGGCAUUCAACCGCACCCGCCGUGAAGAAACCGACAACCACAUCCACGCCUAAGCUGGUUCCCGCUACAAAGAAACCAGGUUUCGCAUCGAAUCAGACAAAGGCUUUGGCAGGGGGGAAAACGAAGGUGGCGACGACGACGAAGAAGAAUGGUCCCAGUCCACCGAAACCGAAGUCGUGA